CUCUUUCACUUAGACGGGUUCCUUGGCAAACGGCUGAAAGUCGCCAUGGUGAUUGCUGCCAUGAGCGCCCUUGCAAUGGACAGCAUGGCCCAUAUUGUGGGUGAAGGCCCUCUUAUCAACGCAGAGAAGGAAUUUGACCGCUUUAUGAAGAGCUAUGAAUUUGCCAUCGAAGCUCAGAAACUCAAGCGUGAAGAUAUCAAGAGCCUCAUGGAGUUGGUCGUUGAUAGAAUGGACAUGUAUCAUUUGAUUGGAGCGCUUCUGUUGGAAUUUUGUGUUGGCUUCUACGGAGAAUUCAAGAUGCUGGAAGAGGACUAUGUCAACGAACCGAAGCUGAUUAUGGAAAUUUUCCUGCUGAGUAACAUUGCAGCGGUUGGCUACUUGCUCUUUGCCAUUUGGCUUUCGCUGCAUGCAUCUGUAGCAGCUCAUGCUAUCGGAGUUGAGUUCCUGCUGGACCACAAUCGUUUGACAGUUCCUACACCAGAUAAUUUGCGAGAGAUGCGGCAAGCCACAUCUAUGUUUCGUUCCACCUACAGGUUGUUCAUGAACCUGCAGCGGAAGUUUGGUCAAGGCUCAGAAGCAGCGUCCGGUUCUAGUGGGCCUUUUGGCAAUCUUCCAAGCGUGCCAGAAGCAAAGGAUCUCAAGGACCCUCCUGUGGAGUUAUCCCUGGAGGCCUUGGCAACGCCCGGAGAGUCCAUGGUGAUGCCACGCCUUAACAACGACCUUCGAAAGCUGGAACAUCGUGCCCAGUUUGCACGGCACCAUCGUGCUUGGCUUCGUUUUGAUGCCUAUUCGCGUGUUUCGAUGGCUUUGGGCAUCAAUCAGAUGCUUCAAUCUAUGUCUUACUUCAUCGCUGGCCCAGUGCAGAAACACAGGCCCAGCUUUGCUUUGAUUACCGUGAUCGGGGUCCAGGCGAUUGCCUUCUUCCUCGUCAAGCUGGAUUGGCGGUCUAUGGACACUGAAGAAUCUGAUGAAGAGGGAGAACAGAGAAGCAAAAAGGCCAAGGAUGUGAGCAGCUUACCAAUGAUGGAUUGCUUUGCCAUAUCAGUGACGAACCUGUUGCCUCCUGUUUGGAUGGUGUUAAUCCUUUGGCUGUCACACUUCAUGGACUCCACCCAGCAGGGCAAUUUGGACCAUCAAGGCCGUCUCACUGCAAGAGUGUUGGCCACCCCAAUUUUUUUCCUUCAUGCGGCUUGGUUGUACUUGAUACGGUCGUACAUCGCUCCUCACAAACAAGACCUGCUUCCUGUCCGGCUUCGCACCGUCGGUUAUUUGGACGUCUUUAUGCGCGAUGCCAAGCUUGUGGAAGAGCAAGAAGAAGAGGAAGAAGAAGCUGAGCAGGAGGUGUUGGAGGUGCCACAGACACGCAGGAGAAAGACGCGCUGCAGGCACAAUGAAGCUGCAAUGAAGACUGUGCAGUGCUGUGACAGCGUGGAGGAUUUAUGGAUGUCACAUGAGUGGGAGGAGGAAUACCUCACCUCUGUGGAGACAUCCAGUCGUCGAUCGAAGCGUGGUCACAAGACUCCGGAACCGCAAAGCCCAGAUGUAGAAGCUGCCAAGGGACACACCACGUCAGAAUGCCAGCAGUGUUUAGUGCCAAAGAAGAAGAAGCUGCACAGUCACGACCAUGUGGCCUGGUUGGUGGUGGGGCGCUUCACUACCGUGAUGAUUUUGCUUUGGAUUUCUGGAGGUUUUAUUCACAUCAUCAAUUCGUUGCUGGCAGUUGGUGGCACUCCGAAGGACCUCAAUGGCAACAUCCAUGACCAGGUGCGCUUACUGCUUCCCCGAAAACUGUCAGCUCAGUGGCCUGAGCCUUCUCGCUUCUUUGAGGUAACGAAACUUCAGUGCAACAGCUCCAGUGUGGUUAUCAGCACCCCAUUUAAUGUGCACACCGCGCACCGGGCAGUCAAUGGCCUAGGCCCACUUGCUCAGAUCGGGGAGUUUGAGAUGAAAGCUGCCUGGUGCAGAUCAGGCCAAAGAUGUCGAGCUCUGGAAAAGCAUGCCUCAGGGUGGCGUUUGCGGUCAUUGGGCGAGGAGUCACUUGCAUGGUUGGAUGUCCCUGAUUCAUGGCAGUUGCUUGCUGCUGCACCUGAGCAGAAAGGAGCUCUUCUGGCAGCUUGGGAUGGUGAACGCAUUGUCAUUUCUGGGCUUGAAAACACGAGGGGCGCCUGGCAGCUACAUCGAAAAUUUGCGGUGCAUCCCAACUGCAGUGAGGAGGCGGCUGCAGAUGAAACAGGCAGUGAUGGUGGACAGCUGAGACCAAAAGUGCAGGCAUUGUACCUCGACACCUCCUCAGGCUGUCAGACCUUGACGCUUCUCCGUGGUACCACCGUGGAGGGAUGGGACCUGGUGGCAGGAAGCAUUUUGGGAUGCUGGAAGAUACGGGCAGACUCCUCUGAAUAUGCGGCUCUGUGUCAUGACAAUUCAGAUUUGCUUUUGGCAAGGCAUGGUCCGCAAGGGCCAAUCCUUGAAACUGCUGCAUUGCCGGAGCCUUUCGCCCACUGCAUUGUGAACCCGGGCCGCUCGGAAACAUCAGCAUCAUCAGCAUUGCCAGACAAGGUUGAGCAUGAUUUGAAGUGAGGGUGGCAGGAGGAAAAAUCAAAAACGCUCAAGUGACAAUGCACUUCAGCUCCUGUUUCACGAAAUCGAUUGGCAAAGAAGUUGCACAUGCCUUCAGCCGCAGUGAAU